AAAAGAUCAUAAGUUCUCUGGUCUAUAUGUCAACCCGAAUAUCAGUUCAGUCUGUGCAAGCAUUCCAUCUUUCUUUUCUCAGAGGUGCGCCAUCGUUGGCGUAUAGUUUUUCUGAAGUUGAAGUGUUAAUCUAAAAACAUCCAAGAUGGUUAACUUCACAGUUGAUGAGAUUCGAGCCAUGAUGGACAAAAAACGUAAUAUACGUAACAUGUCCGUCAUUGCCCAUGUAGAUCAUGGAAAGUCUACCUUGACAGAUUCUUUGGUCUCCAAAGCUGGUAUUAUUGCUGGUGCUAAAGCUGGAGAAACCAGGUUUACUGAUACAAGAAAGGAUGAACAAGAUCGUUGUAUUACUAUUAAAUCAACUGCCAUAUCUAUGUACUUCGAACUUGAAGAGAAAGAUUUGGUUUUCAUCACAAGCCCAGACCAACGUGAAAAAGGCGAGAAAGGUUUCUUGAUCAACUUGAUCGAUUCUCCUGGACACGUUGACUUCUCAUCUGAAGUGACAGCUGCUCUCCGUGUAACUGAUGGAGCUCUUGUGGUAGUUGAUUGUGUUUCGGGUGUCUGUGUACAAACUGAAACUGUACUUCGUCAGGGUAUUGCUGAAUUCAUUAGACCAAUUCUUAUGAUGAACAAGAUGGAUCGUGCACUUCUUGAACUGCAAUUGGAAGCAGAAGAUUUGUAUCAAACUUUCCAACGUAUUGUUGAAAAUGUCAACGUAAUCAUUGCAACUUAUAACGAUGAUGGUGGUCCAAUGGGUGAAGUUCGUGUUGAUCCAAGCAAGGGUAGUGUAGGUUUUGGUUCUGGUCUCCAUGGCUGGGCAUUCACCCUCAAACAAUUUGCUGAAAUGUAUGCCGAUAAAUUCAAGAUUGAUGUAAACAAACUCAUGAACCGUCUCUGGGGAGAAAACUUCUUCAAUCCCAAAACAAAGAAAUGGUCCAAACAAAAAGAAGAUGGUAACAAACGUUCAUUCUGUAUGUACAUCCUCGACCCCAUCUACAAAGUCUUCGAUAGUAUAAUGAAUUAUAGGAAGGAAGAAUAUGAAUCCUUGGUGACAAAACUUGGUAUUGCUUUGAAACACGAAGACAAAGAUAAGGACGGUAAACAACUCUUGAAAGUUGUCAUGAGAACUUGGUUGCCAGCUGGAGAAGCCUUGCUUCAGAUGAUUGCCAUCCAUCUUCCAUCGCCUGUAACUGCCCAGAAAUACCGUAUGGAGAUGUUGUACGAAGGACCACAUGACGAUGAAGCUGCUGUCGCUAUCAAAAACUGCGAUCCCAACGGACCCCUCAUGAUGUACGUGUCAAAGAUGGUACCAACAUCUGAUAAAGGAAGAUUCUACGCUUUCGGUCGUGUCUUCGCCGGUAAAGUAGCGACUGGACAAAAGGCAAGAAUCAUGGGACCCAACUACACCCCCGGAAAGAAAGAAGAUCUUUACGAAAAGGCCAUCCAACGUACUGUUCUCAUGAUGGGACGUUAUGUUGAGGCUAUCGAAGAUGUUCCAUCUGGAAAUAUUUGCGGUCUUGUAGGUGUCGAUCAGUUCUUGGUUAAAACUGGUACCAUCACCACCUAUAAGGAUGCCCACAAUCUCAAGGUCAUGAAGUUCUCUGUAUCGCCCGUUGUGCGUGUUGCAGUAGAACCCAAGAACCCUGCCGAUUUGCCCAAGUUGGUGGAAGGUUUGAAACGUUUGGCCAAAUCCGAUCCUAUGGUCCAAUGUAUCAUUGAGGAGUCUGGUGAACAUAUCAUCGCCGGUGCCGGUGAGCUCCAUCUCGAAAUUUGUCUGAAGGACUUGGAAGACGACCAUGCCUGCAUUCCAAUCAAAAAAUCCGAUCCUGUCGUAUCGUACCGUGAAACGGUCAGCGAAGAAUCUGACCAGAUGUGCCUGUCGAAAUCUCCCAACAAACACAACAGGCUGUUCAUGAAGGCAUGUCCCAUGCCCGACGGUCUUCCCGAAGACAUUGACAACGGUGACGUUAACCCAAGGGACGACUUCAAGGUUCGUGCGCGUUACCUCUGCGACAAAUACGAGUAUGACAUUACCGAAGCCAGAAAGAUCUGGUGUUUCGGACCUGACGGAACUGGACCAAAUCUCUUGGUAGAUUGUACCAAGGGAGUACAAUACCUCAAUGAAAUCAAGGAUUCCGUAGUCGCCGGUUUCCAAUGGGCUACCAAGGAGGGUGUGUUGUCUGAAGAGAAUUUGAGAGGUGUCCGUUUCAACAUCUACGAUGUCACCCUUCACGCUGACGCCAUCCAUCGUGGUGGUGGCCAGAUCAUUCCAACCACCAGACGUUGUCUCUACGCUUGUCUGUUGACUGCUCACCCCAGACUUAUGGAGCCAGUGUACCUCUGUGAAAUCCAGUGUCCUGAAGUAGCUAUUGGUGGUAUCUAUGGUGUCUUGAAUAGAAGACGUGGUCAUGUGUUUGAGGAACAACAAGUUGCUGGUACACCUAUGUUCGUCAUUAAAGCUUACUUGCCCGUAAACGAGUCAUUCGGAUUCACUGCUGAUCUUCGUUCCAACACCGGUGGACAGGCCUUCCCACAGUGUGUGUUCGAUCACUGGCAAAUCUUACCCGGUGACCCAAUGGAAUCUGGUACCAAACCAUACGGAAUCGUACAGGACACUAGAAAGAGGAAGGGCCUUAAAGAAGGACUCCCAGAUCUUACCCAAUAUCUGGAUAAAUUGUAAACAUCUGGUAUUUUAGGUUCUGUACAAAUUAUUUAAGAAAAUUGAAAUACACACUAAAAAAUAAUUUUGUAUUUGAUUCAACAAAAUUGCAAUCUAUUAUUGGCAGGGUGAUCAAAUAUCACGACAUUUUUUAAUGCAAUAUUCUGAACCAGAAAAACAACUGCUCCUAUUUCUUUCUGGUUUAUAGGUAAGGUUGUUUGAUUUUAAACGAUGAUUUUUUUUUUAGAAUGCUUUGUUGAUAAUAUAUUGACAAUGAAUAUUUUUUGAUUUUUAUUUUGUUUACAUUACUAGUGAUUGAAUUUGUAAAUUUUGAGGCUUUGUCCUUGAAUGAAAUCUUGUAAUAAAACAAUUUUUAUGAAA